AUGGUGCCUCGCAUUCAGAUAUUGCUACUUACAUUCUUCCUUAUCGCUAUUGUUUUUGCAUCACCCAUCAAGCACAACAAGAAACGCUCUUUUAAAAUUCCCGUAAAACGAAACCCAGCCUACAAACCCAAUGGAAAGGCUGCAUACAAGCGAGCCUUGUACAAGUUCGGUCUCGGCGACAUCAGCUUUGUACCCGACGGCGAAGUAGCGACGAGGAUCCGGGCAUCGAGCAACACCUCGAUCAACGCCGCCGACAACGAGGAUGGGGCGACGACCGCCUCUCCGACCCAAAACGAUGCCCAGUUCCUCUCACCCGUCGAAGUCGGUGGUCAGACCCUGAUAAUGAACUUCGACAGUGGUUCAUCCGAUACAUGGGUUUUCAAUACCAACCUUCCAGCAGCCUCUCAAAGGGGUCACACCAUCUACGACCCCACCAAGUCCACGACAUUCCAAACCCUCCAAGGCACAUUCAAUAUCACCUACGGAGACUCAUCAUUCGCCAACGGCCCAGUCGGCCUCGAGAGAAUCGACAUCGGCGGUGCGACCGUUGACGCCCAAGCCAUUGGCCUACCAAACGUAGUAUCCGAUUCCUUCGUGACCGACUCAGCCUCCAACGGGCUCGUGGGCCUCGCGUUCUCGCGCCUCAACACGAUUCGUCCGAACCAACAGAAGACCUUCUUCGACAACAUCAUGGCCGACCUGACCCUCCCAGUCUUCACCGCGCAACUCAUCUCCGGCGGCCUGGGGUCAUACGAGUUCGGUAACAUUGACACCAACGCCUUCAAGGGCGACCUGACCACCGUCGCCGUCGACAGCUCACGGGGCUUCUGGGAGGUCAGCUCCGCGGCCGCCAAGGUCGGAGGCCAGACCACCAACAUCCCCAAUGGCAAGGCCAUCGUCGACACGGGCACCUCACUCAUGCUCGUUGGUGACGAGAUGCUCGUCGCAUACUGGAGCACCGUCGAGGGCGCCCAGCUGAGCGAGCAGGCCGGAGGUAUCAUCUUCCCCUGCAACACCGCUCUGCCUGACCUGCAGGUCGCCGUCGGAGACACCUACUUCGCUACCGUGAGUGGCGACGGCAUGAACUUUGCGGAGGUCGGCACCGACAGGACGACUGGAACGGACUUCUGUUUCGGCGGUCUACAAUCCAGCCAAGGCCUCCCCUUCGCCAUCUACGGCGACGUCUUCUUCAAGUCACAAUUCGUCGUCUUCGACGGCUCCGGGCCCGCCAUCGGCAUUGCCGAGCAUUCGUGA